GAUGGACGCUGAAAGCUACAAUUCGCUUCCCAACCUGCCGCUGGAAACUGGCUGCCCAAUGGAUUCCUUCCUAGGGACAGACACGGAUGUCUCCUGCAUCGACGCUGAGUCCUUAGCCUUCCCGGCAAAGAUCCCUAUUUCAGUUGAAGUGUGUCUCAAGGCAGAUUCUUCAGCUUCUUUUGACCACGUCCGUGCAUCUAUCUUCAGGCUGCUUGCAAAGAGACAUCAAGCUUUUGCAAAUGGCCCUGUUGUGCUUGAUUCGGGCGAAGACCCAUUUAUUGAUGGAAACGUAGCUUCGAUCAACUUUGUCGACAUUGAUGAGCAGGCAAUUGGGAAUCAGGUUAUUCUAUUUUGGCAAGUCGAUCUUCAGAUCAGCAUCUUCAAGUUGUGUCGAGGAGGUGCUGUUGAAGAUAUGGAGCAAGAGCAAGAGGUCGCAUCAUUUGAAUCCUGGAAUCUUCCUUCAGAGGAUUUUCAUGGUCUUUGGGAAAGCCUGGUUUAUGAUUCGGGUAUUAAGCACCGACUUCUUCGAUAUGCUGGCAGUGCCCUUCUGUUUUCAGACAAAGGCGUAAACUGUCAGCUUGUUUCUUGGAACAGGUGAUUGUAUUCAAUAGCUCUGGUCGUGACCCACCGUCACUAUAAUUGCUGAACCUUCUAUGAAUUUCCAGGGUGGUUUUGCUGUUCGGACCACCUGGUACAGGAAAGACAUCACUGUGGUAAGCCAGCUCCGUGGGGACGUAUAAAUGACUAUUAUACAAAUAUCAGCAUUGUCAGGGGCAUUGAGUAAGUACAGACCCCUUUUUCUUGAAAUCUGGCUCACCUUGUGUUGUGUUAGCUUGUGUAUUCAGCAAAGCACUGGCCCAGAAGCUUUCGAUACGCUUCAAGGAAAGGUGAUUUAUUCUCGUUUUGUCAGCCAUUGCAUUAUGUGGUUCAGGCAUUCUUCAUGACACCAGUCUACAGGUAUCAGACAGCCCACCUUAUUGAAGUUAAUGCGCACUCGCUCUUCAGCAAGUGGUUUUCAGAAAGUGCAAAGCUUGUGAGCAAGCUGUUCAGUCACAUCCAGUCGUUUGUGGAAGAUCAAAGCUCGUUGGUGUUUGUACUUAUUGGUACGUAAAAGCAUGCCGCAUCCUUUUCCUCUAUGCUUUCAUGCACGUGAGCUGCCUACAAACGUCGUUUUUCUUCAGACGAAGUUGAAAGCUUGGCUGCUGCACGUCAAGCUGCUUUGAAUGGCUCAGACCCCUCGGACGCGAUAAGGGUGCGUGGAUCAGUCGUGGCUUCGGUAUGAGUUUAUGCUGACUUAACUGUGUGCGUUGUUUUGCAGGUCGUGAAUGCUUUGUUGACUCAACUUGAUAAGCUAAAACACCAUUCUAAUGUCAUGAUGCUGACAACCUCGAACAUUACACAUGCCAUUGAUCUUGCAUUUAUUGACCGGGCUGACAUCAAGGCAUUUAUUGGGCCACCAUCACUGCAAGGACGGUAUAAUAUGUUGCAUUCUAGCUUCUGCGAGCUUCAACGCGUUGGGAUUGUUGAAGAGGAGGAGGGCGAUACAGUUUAUCCGUGCACGUACAAUGAGGUGACGCUGAGCGAUUCUGAAAACAACGACAGUGGGAGCAAGGGUUUGCACUUGGGAAAACGUCUUCUCCAAGUCGCCCAGUCUUGUGAGGGGCUUAGUGGGAGGAUCCUAAGGAAACUUCCCUUUCUGGCACAUGCUACAAGCAGCGUACCUGGUUCCUGCUCAGCAGACAUCUUCAUUGACAAGCUGCAGUCAGCUGUCCAGAAGGAGCUGGAAGACAGGAAUAACAUGGCUGAGAGCUAGCACCAAAGCUUGUACUCGAAUGAGUGAUAUGGUUGACACUCUCUUUACGAUAACUACUGUAGAGUGAUUCGGUCAGCACUACAGCACCGUACUAUGGAUUGUUUCUUGAUCACCCUGGAUUGAUUCGUCCA